AUGAUCGUAACGGAGAAAAAACAUUUCCAGAACAAUUCAUUCUUCAAGAUUAUUGUCAUGGAUUCCAUAGCGAGCAUAAUUUUGAUUCUCAAUGAGUUAUUCUUCAACAAACUCUUCACAUACAUCACUCCACUAUGCCCAAUUGUAGGUCCAUUCUUCUGGAGACCAUCUGUUAUUCUCAACAUAGUUUAUAUCUCUCUGAAUCACGCUAGAUUCUCCAAAUCUGUCACUCAAAUCUUUAUGGUUUUGAAUAGAAUGACAUGUGUUUUAAUUCCAACCGAAUAUGAUCGGAUUUGGAGAAGUCUGACCCCAAUCUCUUGUGUUCUUGUCGUGAUUUUACCCUGUGGUGGGAUGUGGAAUGUAUGGAUAUCUCGAGUAUUUCUUCAACCAUAUCGUGGUGGUUUCAAUAUUGGAUACCUCAAGACUGUUCGAUGGCUUUCUUUCGCGUUUUGUCUAUCAUGUGAUAGGGAAAUAAUGUACUUGUUACAAGCUCUCGCAUUCGAUUUGUUCACUGUUGGACCAGCAGUUAUAAUUGUUAUGACGAGUAAGAAGAUUCGGGAAUCCUUGUUCUGGUGGAAGGAACAAUCCACGAAGAAAAUCUCAGUUAUUAGCGUUUCAGGGCUUUUGUAG